UUGGCUGUUAGCGCCAUCGACCAGCCUCUACUUCCAUCGAAGAUGGCGGUCUCAGUGUUCCGCGGCGUGCGGCUGCUCUCCAUCGGGGACGCCAACGGAGACAUACAGCGACAUUCAGAGCAGCAGCCGCUGCGACUGGAAGUGAAAACGUCCCAAGAUGCGGCCCUCAUCAAUCUCUCCAAUGGAGAGGAGACCAGCGUGUUCAAGUGUUCAGUUUCCCGUGAAACAGAGUGCAGCCGCGUAGGCAAGCAGUCGUUCAUCAUCACUUUAGGCUGCAACAGCGUCCUGCUGCAGUUCUCCUCGCCGGCAGACUUUCAGUCCUUUUAUAACCUUCUGAAGAACUGCCGGGGACAUGCUGGGGAGUGCUCAGUCUUCAGUGAACGAACAGAGGAGUCCUCUGCUGUACAGUAUUUCCAGUUUUACGGCUACCUCUCCCAGCAACAGAACAUGAUGCAGGACUAUGUUCGGACAGGGACGUACCAACGGGCCAUUCUCCAGAACCACACUGACUUUAAGGACAAGGUGGUGCUGGAUGUAGGUUGUGGGUCAGGAAUCCUCUCCUUCUUUGCUGCCCAGGCUGGAGCCAGGAAGGUGUACGCAGUGGAGGCCAGCACCAUGGCGCAGCACGCUGAGGUCCUGGUGAACAGCAACCGUCUGAGUGAACGUGUGGUGGUGAUCCCUGGGAAGGUGGAGGAGGUGUCCCUGCCAGAGCAGGUGGACAUCAUCAUCUCGGAGCCCAUGGGCUACAUGCUGUUCAACGAGCGCAUGCUGGAGAGCUACCUACAUGCCAAGAAGUUCCUCAAACCCAACGGUAAAAUGUUCCCCACUAUUGGAGACGUGCACCUGGCUCCCUUCACAGACGAGCAGCUCUACAUGGAGCAGUUCACCAAGGCCAACUUCUGGUAUCAGCCCUCCUUCCACGGCGUGGACCUCUCCGCCCUGCGAGGAGCCGCAGUGGACGAGUACUUCCGCCAGCCAAUUGUGGAUACCUUCGAUAUCCGCAUCCUGAUGGCCAAGUCUGUCAAAUACACAGUGAACUUCUUAGAGGCCAAAGAGGAAGAUCUCUACAGGAUAGAGAUUCCCUUCAAGUUCCACAUGAUGCACUCAGGCCUGGUGCACGGCGUGGCCUUCUGGUUCGACGUGGCCUUCAUGGGAUCAGUGAUGACCGUCUGGCUGUCCACAGCACCCACAGAGCCGCUCACCCACUGGUACCAGGUACGCUGCCUGCUGCAGUCUCCCCUGUUUGCUAAAGCUGGGGACACUCUGUCUGGGACAGCGCUGCUGGUGGCCAACAAAAGGCAAAGCUACGACAUCAGUAUUGUUGCCCAGGUGGACCAGACAGGAUCAAAGUCCAGCAACCUCCUGGACUUGAAGAACCCCUUUUUCAGGUACACAGGCACCACCCCCAACCCCCCUCCCGGCUCACACUACAGCUCCCCUUCUGAGAACAUGUGGAACACGGGCGCCGCCUACAGUAUGGGUCAGGGGAUGGCGGUAUCAGGGAUGCCAACAGCUUAUGACCUCAGCACAGUCAUCGGCAGCGGCCCAGCGGCGUCCCACAACAACCUCAUCCCUCUAGUCAACACGGGGAUCGUAAACCACACCCACUCCAGGAUGGGCUCCAUCAUGAGCACAGGAAUAGUUCAAGGAGCCACGACGGGUCAGUCGGGCCCCAGCAGCAGCGGUACUUACUACCCCAUCACCAACCAGUUCACCAUGGGGGGCGCCGCCAUCUCCAUGGCCUCCCCCAUGGUCAUCCCCAGCAACACCAUGCAUUAUGGAAGUUAAGAUGAAGACCCGGUAAAGACCUGUUGACCCUCCCCGCAUGACAGGACCCCCCCUUUCCCCCCUCCUCUCCUCAUGGACACUCAACCAAAACCAGGAAACCAAAACCAGUGCUGUGCUGGCAUUUCCCCGACCUGUUCCCAGUUCAGUCCACCACUGGGAAAACUGCUGAACGUCCCUCUAUCCGUCCACUCUCGUCUCCUCCCAGUGGAGCUCUUAGUCUCAUCCAUCCACUCUUCCUCCGUUUUUGUUCGACCCUUUAAGCGUUUGAGUUUUGGCUCCAAACGGCAUCAUUCCGUUCGCUCGGCGCCACUCGCCUCUGUACAGCUGGACCCCGUCUGAUCCACAACCUCAUCUUCCUGUUUACAUCGUGGCUCCGCCCAUCAUCCCUUCUAAGAAGCACCGUGAUGAAGGACGCUUCAUGGAAGAUCAGGGUCCCUUCCAUGCUGGGUAAAGAAUUUGGCUCCGUUGGAAGUUUUACCGUCUCUUCAGAAACGCAGAUGAACUGGAAGCUGCUUCAUCUUCCUCUAGAUUCAGCGUUUAGGUAGAGACUUUAUGUUCGCAUCAAAUUCACAAAGUUUACAUUCAGUGUAGUUUUCAUUUUAUCAGCCAACAUGAAACAACAACCUGCACUUUUUAAUCCACAGCAGCAAAAAUUCUUAAACGAUCCGACUGCCGUUAAGGUUAGAGAAGCUUCAGGGUUUGAGUGAAGUUAGAGAAACUCUGCAUGGAAGGUGAUCGCUGCUGGAACAUCAGGUCCUCCACAUCUGCUCUUACCUUAGAGGACGCCGCAGCUUCAUCCAGUUAGUGGGAAAAAGGCAGAGAGCGAAGCAGCCGACUGGAACCAUGGCUGAAGUGGCGGCUCCUCUGCCCCACCCCCCACCCCCCCAAGACUCAAAAACAGACUGGUGUCGCCAGGCCUUGGAGACAUAUGCCCUUGGACAUAUCGCCGUCUGCACAGCCUCCACCCACAUCCACGAUUAUCAGCAGAGGAAGGAGACGGAGCGACACUUUUAUGCAUAACUUCCAGUGUCACAACUAUCAGAACUUGAUUUUGCAAGUUUUAGGAGAGCUUAGGAAAAAUGUCUCUUAGUAGGAACUAUUUUUGUUGAAUAAUUUUUUUUUGUUUUUGUUAUUUUUUUUCUCUUUCACAAGAAAACAGAAAAAAAGGAGAAAAAAAAGAAAUUAAAUGUGGAGAUGUUCCAACCCACCCUGGAAUCCUGGAAUGUUGUAGUGUUUUAGUGUCCUCUUUGUAAGAUAGACGCAGCUGAUGUUUUCCAUGUGGUAGUUAGCCCUAUAGUCAUACUGUCCCUCUCAUGGUGAAAUCAUGCUCCUCUGUACUCCAACGGUGGCGUCCGCUGUUGAUCAUGGAACAGUGUAAAGGAUUACUGUCAUGUGUGUUUUGACCAACGAGAAAUAACAUCUUUGACCCUGUCUGA